UAGUUUGGUUUUAAUGUCAAAUUUUGUAUAAAGUAAAAUCACACAUCGAACAAAACUACACAAGCAGACAUACCUAAAUAAACAAAAAAAUAUAUAAAAUAUAUAUAGAACAUAAUGCCAUUACCCGCCUUUACACUGGGCAAAAAAGAUGAAAAUGAAAAUGGUUCUAUCUUAGAAGAGGCGAAGCCAGAACAUUCCAUAUACCAAUAUCCCGAGGCCAAUGAAUCCUUCCUCGAAGGAAAACCAUCUAAGGUAGAGGAAGUGAUCGAGUGCCUAGAGGGUAUUGAAAAUGCCAACAAGACGGAUUCUUCCAAAAAGCGAGCCAAAUCGGUGCUCACCAUAGACGAUAUUAACUUUUUGGUAACAAAGCGAAAUCCUUCGCAAUCUAGUAUAUUUCGUCGUCCUAGAAUAAGAAAAGUUCCAAUUAAUACAAAUCAGUUUACAUUUAUGCGUCAAAUUGAGUUUGAGCCUGGCGAUCGCCUUUUGGCCAGAGAACAGCGAGAAGAUGUGGCUGAAACCUUUCGACGGUUUGGAAAUUUCGAGUAUCGCAAAUUGAAUUUUCUUUUGGCCAAAGACUACUAUACAAAGGGUCUGCAAUAUAUUAAAGACAGCCCAGUCUUGUAUGUAAAUCGUGCCAUGUGCUUUAUCAAGAUGCGCGAAUUUAAGCUAGGUAUUUUGGACUGUGACUAUGUCUUAACGAAAUUAGAUGAAUGCUAUCUCCGUGCUUGGCUUUAUCGGGGAGCUGCCUAUAAACGCCUGAACGAUGAGGCCAACUACGAAUAUAGUAUUGAACAGGCAAGGCAAUCGAACAGGCCAGAAGCUGCCUUCAUAGAUGAGUUUUUGGAGAAAAUGCGUUCGCUAUUGUAAUUAGCGUUUAGUGAGAAAUAUUACAAUAUAAAGAAAGUUUUGGUUAAA